GUCCUGAAGCAAGCGCAGCAGCAAUGCCAGCUCUUCCCGCUUUCCCCCUCACCCGCCGCCCAUCCGACGCCAGACGCCGCGGUCGCCUCGUCCUUUCCCUCGUCGUCCUCGUCGCCGUCUCCGCCGCCGCAGCCCUCGCCUACCUCUCUUUCCCCUCUGCUGGGCGGACAUCGCCCCCGGCAGCGUUCUCGGCGGUCCGGGCGGAGGCCGACUGCUGCAGGGGUAUGGAGGGCCUCGAGCUCUGGGGCCCGGCGGUCAAGUGGGGCUCAGACCACCGCCUGCCCUCCGCCGCUGCCUGCUGCGCUGCCUGCAAGGCCAUGUGCCCUCACCCCGAGGACGGGGCCUGCCGCUGCGACUCGUGGGUCUUCUGCGGUGACGAGCGCAAAUGCAAGGACAGGUUCGGGGAGUGCUGGCUGAAGAAACAGAAGGAUGUGAUGGCUCCUGCUGUUAUUGCAAGGGGGGAGGACGUCAUGUGGACUUCUGGUCUAAUCUUUGGAAAAGGAGAGGGAAUUGUGGGGCUUGAAACAAAUCUAGGGACACUUCAUAUUCAAGUGAGUGCCCUUUGUCCCCAUUGGAUCUGAACGAAAGCUGAUAUUGUCUGUGUUUCAGCAGAAAUACAGUUUAUAGGGCUGUCUAACUGGAAAUAUCCCAUAACCGGAGCUGAUAUACAUUCCUUUUGGUACUUGUUAUACACCCAGUUGCUGCCUGGUUGCACGCCCCGUUCUGUGGACUACUUCAUCGAGCUUCUGGGCUUGCGCAACUUUGUGAGAUGCAGAUUUUAUCGUGCAGAAGGACGUGGGAAUGUCUGGGAUGCAAAAGGCGACCAUAAAAAAAAUGCUGCAUUUGGUCCCCCAUAUGCAUUGCUUCAAGGAACACUGGAAGUUGAUGGUGUGCCCUUCAAGGAGAUACCAAGAGAAGCAUGUGCGGCGGUGAAAAGAGGGUCCGUUGCCUGGGUAGGGUCAGGGCCAGAGUUCCUGAUCAGCUUAGCCGACCACGAGGAGUGGAGGGACGCCUACACCGUGUUCGGGAAUGUGCUUCCCAAGGACAUGGCGAUCGCUGAGGAGAUGGCACUGCUGCCGACAAGCACAGACGUGUGGAGCAAUGUGACGGUGAAGGUGCUCAAAGAUCCUGUCUACUUCAAGGUGAAGAGAAGCAGCAAUGCUAGCGCUGUCUAGGUGGAGCAAUAUAAUAUUUUUUUUGAGGGGAAUAUAAUAUAUAAUAAUUUUUUAAGGGAGAAUAAUAUAAUAAGGGCUUGCUUGGUUUUCUUGAGUAAAAUUUAGUUACUAGAACUAUUUUAGCUAUUCUUAGGUGAUUAGAGAGACUAAACUAUUUUAAUUUUUUUAGUCAGUGUGUUUGAAAGUUUAGAAAAAUAAUUAAAAUCUAGUUGGCUAAAAUUUAACAAGUGAACCCGAAUAGGCCCUAAGGCUCCGUUUGGUUUUAGUUGGUAAAAUUUAACUUUCGUCACAUCAAAUAUUUGGACACAUGCAUGAAGUACUAAAUAUAGACUAUUUAUAAAAUUAAAAAUAUAGUUAGAGAGCAAUUUGUGAGACAGAUCUUUUGAGUCUAAUUAGUCUAUAAUUGGACACUAAUUAUUAAAUAAAAUAAAAAAGCUAUAGUAUCUGUUAAUAUUUAAUACCUUCAAUUAAAGUUUAAUAACACCUUUAACCAAACACCCUGAAUACGUUGUGGUGAAUUUCUUAUUGUCGUCUGGGCUCUGGACUGCCUACGGUAGUCGUGGGCCGACUUAAGAUGUGGCCUACGGCCCGCUUGAGCACAAGCCCAGUAACCCUAUCAUCGCCUGACUCGCCGGGGAAGAAGAAGGCGAAGGCCGUCGGGUUCUCGCAGGCGGCGGCGGCGGCGGCGGCGGCGAUGCUUGCUUUCGAGGAGCAGGUGGUGGCGGACCUGGUGGAGGAUCCGAACGGAGGUCUGGUGGUGCUCUCCUCGGGCCUCCCUCUGGCCUCCCUCGCCGCUACCCUCCUCCUCUAUCUCCACCAGGCCCCCGGCGACGCGGCGGGGGGAGGAUGUCUCCUCGUCCUCUCCGCCCCCGAUUCCCUCAAGGCCCGGAUCCGCCGCCGCCUCCAAGAAAAGAUGCAGGUUCACGACGUGCCUCCUGACCUCCAAGCGCAGCAGCGCGCCUCCCUCUACGCCUCGGGCGCUGCUCUCUUCCUCUCCCCCCGCGCCCUCGCCGCCGACCUCCUCACCUCCCGCCUCCUCCCCUCCCGCGUCCGGGCCCUACUCCUCCUCUCCGCCCACCGCUCCACCGAUACCUCCUCCGACGCCUUCAUCGCCCGCCUCCUCCGCCAGCGCAAUCUUGUCCCCGUCUACGCCUUCUCCGACUGCCCUCAUGCCAUGGUCGCCGGUUUCUCCAAGGCCGAGCGCACCAUGAAGAGCCUCUACGUCCGCCGCCUCCACCUCUGGCCCCGCUUCCACGUUCUCGCCGCGGCCGACCUGGAACGCGCCCCGCCUGACGUCGUAGACGUUCGCGUGCCCAUGACGCCGCCCAUGAGGGGGAUCCAGGCUGCCGUCCUCGCUACCAUGGACGCUUGCCUCAAGGAGCUUAGGCGCACCAACAAGGUGGAUGUCGAGGACCUCACCGUCGACAAGGGCCUCUUCAAGUCUUUCGAUGAGAUCGUCCGGAGGCAGCUCGACCCCAUCUGGCAUACUCUUGGGAAGAAGACAAAGCAGCUUGUGGCUGACCUCAGGACGCUACGCAAACUGCUUGAUUACCUCGUCAGGUACGAUGCUGUUACAUACUUGAAGUACCUUGACACAUUGAGAGUGUCAGAAGGUGUGCGAUCAGUUUGGAUACUUGCUGACUCAAGCCAUAAGAUAUUUGAGCUUGCAAAAAGGCGCGUUUACCAGGCAGUGAGAACAGAUGGUGCUAAGGUUAGCAUGGAUAAUAAGGGCACACCAACAAAGAAGAGGAAAGUGGCACAUAAUACUACCAAGAAAGGAAAAGAAACCGAAAAUGAAGACUCCACAGUAGGUAGGGACAACACUCAGAAGGUUAAUACUGAUGUGGGCAUUGUAUUGGAAGAGGUUCUGGAGGAGGCACCGAAAUGGAAAGUGUUAUGGGAAUUGUUGCAAGAGAUAGCAGAAGAACAGAUGAAGAGCGAUGCCGGGAAUGUGCAUGAUGAAGACAAAAGUGAUGAACAUGGCAUAGUUUUGGUAACAUGUAAAGAUGAGCGCACGUGCUUGCAGCUGCAGGAAUGCAUAUUAAAAGGCCCCUGUCAGGUUAUGCGAGAAGAGUGGGAGAAGUAUUUGAUUGGGAAAGCUGAGCUGCAUGGAUUGAAUAAGAAGAACAAGAGAAAAUCUGAGCAACCAAAAGGGGUUGGUGUUCUGGAUGGUGAAGUUCAAAUGGGAUCUAGUGAGAGUGUGGGUCCGGUUAGCAUUAGCAAACUCGAAACUAAUGCCUUAUUUGCUGCUGCCUGUGAAUUAAGAAAUAUAUCAAAUGAAGCAGAUGUCAAUGGUGGCUCAAAUAGCAGCUGCAGCACGAAGGGGCUAGCAAGGGGAAAAGCAAAAGGGAAACCAAAGAAAACCACUGCAAAGAGACAAGCCAGCAAUCGAAAAAAUAAAAGUAAGGGGGGAAAUGACAUUAGGCAAGCUACCGAUCUGGAUUCUGAAGUUCAAUCAGGCAAAACAGAUGAACAGGCUGAGAUUGAUGCUUCUAAGGUGUCCGCAUAUGAUGCUUCCGUGUCAGCCUCUACUUCUAAUGAUAAAUUUAACCAUUCAUCUGCUCUCAGAAACUCGGCAAACGGCAAGCCACUACCUCCUGUGCAGUUUCAUGCUCUAGACAGUGACCAGCACGUGCUUGAUGUAUGGAAGCCAUCUGUUAUUAUUGUUUAUCAUCCAGAUAUUACCUUUGUAAGAGAAAUUGAAGUAUACAAGGCAGAAAACUCAUCAAAGAAGUUAAAAGUUUACUUCCUUUUUUAUGAAGAUUCCACUGAGGUGCAAAAAUUUGAGUCCAGCAUUCGACGGGAAAAUGAAGCAUUUGAAUCUUUGAUCAGACAGAAGUCCCUGAUGAUGAUACCUGUUGAUCAGGAUGGCCAUUGCAUUGGACCAACUGUUGCAAAUGAACCAGAACCUCUUUUAUGUCAGAACUCAAUCACAAGAAAGGCAGGUGGUAAAAAGGCACCUGAGAAGGAGAUGCAGGUUAUUGUAGACAUGAGAGAGUUCAUGAGCAGCCUUCCGAAUGUAUUACAUCAGAAAGGUAUCCGAAUAGUACCGGUCACCCUUGAAGUUGGUGACUAUGUUCUCUCUCCUUCGAUCUGUGUUGAGCGGAAAAGUAUCGCAGACUUGUUCCAAAGCUUUGCUUCUGGUCGUCUGUACAAUCAGGUUGAGACAAUGGCACGUUACUACAAGAUCCCGGUUCUCCUCAUCGAGUUCUCACAAGAUAAGAGCUUUUCCUUUCAGUCUGCAAAUGAGAUCGGGGAUGACGUCUCUCCGACCAACAUUAUCUCAAAGCUUUCGCUGCUAGUGCUUCAUUUUCCUCGGCUUCGCAUAAUCUGGUCACGCAGCUUGCAUGCUACAGCAGAAAUAUUUAUGUCACUGAAAACAAACCAGGAUGAACCUGAUGAGAAAAAGGCAACAAGAGUUGGCGUGCCCUCUGAGGAUGGAAUCGUGGAGGAUGAUGUGAGGUCUGAAAAUUACAACACACCAGCCAUUGAGUUCUUAAGAAGGCUUCCUGGGGUGACGGAUUCCAACUACCGAGCAAUCAUGGAUGGAUGCAAUAGCUUGGCCGACCUGGCCCUGCUUCCGGUGGAAAGGUUGGGGGAGCUAAUGGGCGGUCAGAAGGCUGCACGGACGCUCAAGGAGUUUCUGGAUGCCAAGUGCCCAACCAUGCUGUAGCCAACAAGUGAUGCUUCAGGAGUCAAAGGGUGCUGUUUGUAUUGUGUUCGUUCGAUAGGGAUACUUCAGUUGCUGUAACUUGUAAACAAAACAGAUGUUGUACACUACCAAUGCCAAGCAUGUUGUUGUCUGGAAUUUAAUACACAAUCUGUGUAUGGUAUAAGGGGGUGUUUGGUUGGGGGUAUUAAAGUUUAACCAA